AUGUCUGGCGAAGAGAAGAGCCGCAUCUCUGGCGAUGCGCCCCGUCAGAGCAAUGGCCCUGUUCUGCCGACGGUCAACCCCAGCGCCGAGAAGACUCAGCAGCCUGGCUUCUCGUUGCACCCAACUUUCUACGUAAUCAUCUGGAUCUCUUGCAGUUCCUCCGUUAUUCUCUUCAACAAAUGGCUGCUGGACACGCUCAACUUCCGCUACCCCGUCAUCCUCACCACGUACCACUUGUCCUUCGCUACCCUCAUGACCCAGCUUAUGGCCCGCUUCACUACUCUGCUUGACGGACGCAAGAGCGUUAAGAUGACUGGUCGCGUCUACAUGCGUGCAGUGGUUCCUAUUGGUAUCUGCUUCAGUCUGAGCUUGAUCUGCGGCAACCUGACGUACCUCUACUUGUCGGUUGCUUUCAUCCAGAUGCUCAAGGCCACCACACCCGUGGCCGUGUUGAUGUCCAGCUGGAUCCUUGGUGUUUCCAAGCCCAACCUCAGGCAGUUCCUCAACGUCUCCACGAUCGUUGUUGGUGUCAUCAUCGCUUCGAUCGGCGAGAUUCACUUUGUCCUGAUUGGUGUUUUGUACCAGAUCGCUGGUGUCGUGUUCGAGGCCCUCCGCUUGACCAUGGUUCAGCGUCUGCUCAGCUCGGCUGACUACAAGAUGGACCCUCUCGUCUCGGUCUACUACUUCGCGCCCAUCUGCGCGUUGAUGAACGGUGUUGUCGCCUUGAUCUGGGAAGUCCCCCACUGCACCAUGCAGGACGUCUACAACGUCGGCUUCUUCACCUUCUUCCUGAACGGAAUGUGUGCUUUCAUGCUCAACGUUUCUGUCGUUCUGCUGAUCGGCAAGACUUCCGCCGUUGUCCUGACUCUCUGUGGUGUCCUCAAGGAUAUUCUCCUGGUCCUGGCCUCCAUGGCCAUUUGGGGCACCCAGGUGUCCGGUCUCCAAUUCUUCGGCUACUCCAUUGCCCUGGGCGGCAUGGUCUACUACAAGCUUGGUUUUGAGCAGCUGAAGGGCCACAUUGGCGAGAUGAACCGCCAGUGGGCUGACUUUGGUAACCGCAAGCCAGUCCUCCGCAAGCUCACCAUCAUCAUCGCUUCCGCCUUCCUCAUCUUCACUCUCUUUGGAGGUCUGGCGCCCACAUACGCGCCCGAGUACGACCCCCGCAAGCUCGCCAACGAAGCGUCGAACCGCUUUGGCAUGAACGCCCACAAGUACUGA